AUGAACCGCAUUGCUCGCAUUCACUCACACGUAGCCAUAAGCUCCAGCAUACCUACUACAGUCGAAGAAGAUGUGGUCAUUGUGUCUGCAUUGCGGACACCCAUCACCAAGGCCGGUCGUGGUGGCUUUAAAGACACACCGCCUGAUGUGCUUCUGGGACACGUGCUACAGGCUGUGCUUAACCAGGCUAAGAUAGAUUCGAAGCUCAUAGGUGAUAUCGUGGUGGGUAACGUACUGCAGCCUGGUGCAGGCGCUGGUAUGGCACGCAUGGCCCAGCUGGCUGCAGGCAUCCCGCACAAAGUGCCAUUACACGUGGUCAAUCGCCAAUGCAGCUCUGGUUUGCAGGCCGUCGCCAAUGUCAUUGCAGCCAUUAAGGCUGGAUAUUAUGAUAUCGGUAUUGCUGCAGGUGUUGAAUCGAUGUCAAUUGCAAGUAUUGGUAAGGAUGAGCCAAGUGUCAAUUGGGAACGUGUCGGAGCUGUGCAGGACGCUAUUGACUGUACGAUACCCAUGGGCAUCACAAGCGAGAACGUGGCCGAGACAUAUGGCAUUUCACGUCUUCAGCAGGAUGAGAUGGCUGCACUCUCACACGCCAAGGCGGCAACAGCACAAAGCAAUGGCUGGUUCAAGGAGGAAAUUACUCCCGUGUCGACAAUUAUCAAGGAAAAGGAUGGCAACGAGACAUCAGUCGUUAUUUUCCAGGAUGAAGGUGUUCGUGCCGAUACGACAGUAGAAAAGCUGACUAAGCUACGUCCGGCGUUCAAGGAGGGGGGAUCUACCACGGCUGGCAAUUCAAGCCAAGUAAGCGACGGCGCAGCUGCCGUGCUGCUCAUGCGUCGCUCGGUGGCUAACAAGAUGGGGCUGUCGAUUCUUGGACGCUUUGUUUCGUACGCUGUUGUGGGUGUGCCACCCGCUUUGAUGGGCAUUGGUCCAGCUGUAGCGAUCCCGGAAGCAUUACAAAAGGCUGGCUUGACGCUGGAUCAGAUCGACGUGUUUGAGAUCAACGAGGCGUUUGCUAGCCAGGCCGUAUACUGCGUCAAGAAGCUCGGUAUUCCUAUGGAGAAGGUGAAUCCAAAGGGUGGUGCGAUUGCACUUGGCCACCCUCUGGGCUGCACUGGCGCUCGCCAGAUGUCCACGUUAUUGUAUCAGCUCAAGCGGAAGAACCAGCGGUACGGAGUAAUCUCCAUGUGCAUUGGCACAGGGAUGGGUGCUGCUGCAGUUUUUGAGCACGAACCGUUGCCAUGA